UGUGUGUGUCUGCCGGCGGAGGCGCGCGGCUGCGGGUGCACAGGCCGCUCGGCCUGGGGAUCUCGCACUCUCGUAACGUCGCCGCUUUAGGACGAGGGACGCCGAGGCUCGCUCGCCGGCGAGCGCGGGUGGCGUCACACAGGCGCGUUCCAGCCGCGAGCCCCCGGCGAGUUUGUGGCAGCCGUCGUUGGGAGUGGGUGGUGGGUGUUGUCGCUGCCUCUCGACCUUCGGUCUGCAGGGAGGAAGCCGCGGAGUCGCCAGGGUGGGCCCAGGCGGGUCUCUGGGUCCCCGGAGUGAGCACACUUUGGCGUCUUGGAGAGUUUGAGGCCUUCCAUCGUUCAACAGUUAGGACAAGCACUGUCAAACAUUUUCGUCAUCACCUUCCGGCCCCCACAUUUUGAAAUGGAUGCGUCUCACGAAAAAUUAGCAAGUAUGUCAGAAUCGGAUGCCGUGAGCGUCAGCGGUCUUCCCCAGGACUUGGUGCGCUUGAAGGACUUGAUGUGCUCAGAUUCUCCCAACUGUGUGGAAACCAUCAGCACCCUUUCAGAUUUGUCCCAGAAUGAAAUAAUGAAUGGAGAGAGGGAAAAUGAGUCCAAAUUCACACUUUGUGAAGCAUUUUGUAGCACAGUACAUGAUUUGUCACAUGGCAGUCACACUGGAGGUUGUUACUCGGAGAAUGAGCAAGUCCAGCCAGUUGAUACCAGCAGUUUUCCCCUGGAACAGCGUGAUCCCCUCCGUGAGGUUCACUGGGCAGAGGUAGCAAAUGAGAAGAUGAGGACAUGUCAGCAUCUGACAGAAGGCUUUUCUGAUGCCAACAAGCCAGACCUGCAAAGCCAUGAGUAUACGUACGUAGAAGAGAUUUCUAUAAAGCAAGACUCAUUUGAGGAAGAAAACCCAGUGGAAACUAGCCUUUCUACAGAUAAUGACCCAUUUGCUAAUGAGUGUGUCAGACAAUCUCCCAGCAGCCCAGCUCUGAUCUACUGCAGUGGAGAGACCUGGGACUUCACAGAAAAGUCCCUGGCUGCCUGUACUGCCAGGGAAUCUGCCCUCCUCCAUCCUCCACCUCAGAGCUGCUUCUGUGAAGAUGACGUACCCUAUAAUGUUGAGAAACCGUCUUACAAGGGUAGUUUUAGCCGGUGUGAUCUGAGAGCCAAUGAUAAAACACAGGAGACUGAAGUUGCUUCAAAAGAAAUACAGAACUUUGGGGAGAUUUCUGAGACGUCAGUCCAUCCCCAAGAGGAAGUCACAGUGGAGAGCAUGGGGAGUCCCGAGAUUGCGUCAACCUGGCGCCCAGCAGACGUCUCCUGGAGUGACGGAGCAGCUCGGCAGAAAUGCAGGACGCCAGACAAGGAGCAGAGCUUCGAGAGCCUGCAGCCCCUGGAAGAGGACAUGGCUCUAAACGAAGUGUUAAAGAAACUGAAACACACCAACAGAAGGCAGCAGAUGCGGAUCCAAGACCUCCAGUGUAGUAACCUGUACUUGGAGAAGAAGGUCAGAGAAUUACAGGGGAAGACUGCUAAGCAGCAGGGGUUUGUGGACAUCAUAAAUAAGCUGAAGGGCCAUAUUGAAGAAUUAAUCGAAGACAAAUACAACAUAAUCCUAGAGAAGAACGAGGCUGACAGGACACUGCAGAAUUUGCGAGAGACUUUAGCUGACGCGCAAAGACACCUUCAGGAAUCCAGGAAAGAGAAGGAAGCUUUGCAGCUUGAAGUCAGAAAGAUCAAGGUGAGUUUCAUUCGCCUACAGGAAAGCUACGUUACUGAAAUGCAGCAAAGAAGUGUAUCUGUCAAUCAGUGGACACAGACGGACAGAGUCUUCGGCAUCAAAGAAGAAGGAGUCCAGAGGUUGCCUCGGCCCAGAGGAGGACUGGAAGAGGUCACCCCCUCUGCCUUGGACCUGUUGAAAAAGGAAAAAGAUACCCAAGAAUUAGAGUUCUUGGCUUUACAGGAGGAAUUCCAGAAACACGAAAAGAAAAACAUGGAAGAAAGACAGAAAUUGAAAUCUAGACUUCAGAAAUCGGUUACUCAAGUUAAAAAUUUGCAAUUCAUGUGGGAAAAUGAAAGGGCUAAGAAUACAGAUCUUCAGCAGCAGGUGGACGAAGUGAAAAGUGAGAAUGCGAAACUGCAGCAGCAGGUGGCGAGGAGCCAGGAGCAAAACCGGGUCCCUAACUACGAGGUGGCUCAGCUGGAGGAGCAGCUGGAGGAAGUCAUGGAACCAGGUGUCACCAAGAAUUCAAAGAUGCUGCAUUCUCCUUUGUUGCUGCCUUGCUCGCCGCGCGAAGAAGGGAGCCGGGCCCCCCCGGAUGUGAAGAGGAAUUCGCAGCUGGCCUCCAAAAUCCACAGCCUCCUGGCUCUGAUGUUAGGACUUCUCACAUACCAGGACAUCAUCAAUCCCCAUGCUGGACACUUCAGAGAGAGUGAGAAAGUGAGUGACAUAAUGCUGCAAAUAUUGAAGAGCUUCCAUCUCAAGAAGAAAAACUUGGAUAAAGAGCUACUGAAACAUAAAGACAAAAUCACAACCUUUAGGGAGUUAAUUGCUAAUGAAAAGGCAUUUCAUGAUCAUGCUUUUGAGGUUACAGGCCGUGAUUCAAAUGAAGCCAAGAAUGUCAGAGAUCUGCCUGUCUUGUUGGGAGCCAAACUGGAUAAGUACCACAAUCUGAACGAGGAGCUUGAUUACUUGAUCACAAAAUUAGGAUAUCUUCUUGAGUCAAAAGAAGACCACUGUGGCAGACUCAUGGAAGAAAAUGAUGAGUAUCAAAGACAUUUAGGCAACUUAAUAAAUAAGGUUACGUCAUAUGAAGAAAUCAUCAGAUGUGCUGACCAGAGGCUGGAGAUGUCCCACUCCCAGAUUGCUCUCUUGGAAGAGAGAAAUAAACAUUUGGAAGAUUUAUUGAGGAGGCCCAGGGAGAGUGCCAGAAAACCAAGACAGACACAGAGAGGAAGAGAAUGCGUCCGUCUUUGGUUCAAUCCCCAGAUACCCACAACAUCCGUGACUGGGGAUGAAGUUGGAGCCAAGAACUCAAUCCAGGUCUCCCGCAUGGUGGCAGGGACCCAAUUACUUGAGCCAUCACUGCUGCCUCCCCAAGGUCUCAGUUAGCAGGAAGCUGGAAUCCGGGGCUGGAGGCAGGCAUCAAACCCGGCACUCCUUCUUUUCCCUGCCUCUUGCCAGGAGGGCUGUGUAGCCCUGCGCCUGUAGCUUCCUGGCCUAGAUGCUCCUCCACGUGGCUGGUUCCUAGUGCUCGAGGUGCAGAUGUGGUGCAGCCAGCUGCUGUCGGCUGGAGGGCCAGUCGUGCACGGUUCUGUCUUGCCAUGCACACUCCAGCUCCAGAUGCCUCUUAUUCCCUGAAGUCGGUGAGAAAGCUGACAGCCAUGUUGGCACUGUCCUCGUGGAACCUUGGUAGCAUGUACAUUAGCAGGAAGCUGAGCAGCAGGACGCAAACCAGCACUCCACACCAAUGCCUGAUUCAGAAGGCGAGGCAAGAAGCUUGACCUGCUGUGUCCCACGCGGCUCCUGCUUAUGUCGCAUGACGUUUAGUGUGCCACCUAUACUUUAGUGUUUCCUCUUAGAUUAGCAAUUCUUAAAAUUUAGCUAUAUUUACUUCAUCUGUAAAUAACAUGGAUACACACAUCCAUACUAUUUAUCUUGAAAGCAGAGAUAUUAAUGCCACUUAAUUUGGGAUUCAAGAAAAGGACUCUAGAGUAAGAAAAAAAAGGCAUAUUAUUAUGUAAAGGGGAUGCUACUCAGAUAUUAAAAAGAAUGAAAUUAUGAUGUCUGUUGCAAAUGAAUGGAAAUGAAGAUGUGAUGAUGGCUUUAUAAAUACAGGCAUUGAUUCAACCUUAUACUGUACAAUAAAAUUAGGUGUACUUUGUUGUAUGCCACUUAUACCUCAAGAAAACGAUUAUGCUGAGAUGGUCACUAAAAUAGGUCUUUUGGGAAAAAUAAACUAGUCCCUGAGUGUGAAUAAAUGUAAAAAAAAAACAAA